AUGGAAUUACCGGCACAAUACAUGGAAUUACCGCACAAUACCGGCACAAUGCAUGGAAUUACCAGCACAAUGCAUGGAAUUACCGGCACAAUGAAUGGAAUUACCAGCACAAUGCAUGGAAUUACUGGCACAAUGAAUGGAAUUACCGGCACAAUGCAUGGAAUUACCGGUGCAAUGCAUGGAAUUACCGGCACAAUGCAUGGAAUUACCGGCACAAUGCAUGGAAUUACCGGCGCAAUGCAUGGAAUUACCAGCACAAUGCAUGGAAUUACCGGCACAAUGAAUGGAAUUACCAGCACAAUGCAUGGAAUUACUGGCACAAUGAAUGGAAUUACCGGCACAAUGCAUGGAAUUACCGGUGCAAUGCAUGGAAUUACCGGCACAAUGCAUGGAAUUACCGGCACAAUGCAUGGAAUUACCGGCGCAAUGCAUGGAAUUACCAGCACAAUGCAUGGAAUUACUGGCACAAUGCAUGGAAUUAUCAGUUCACGGAAUUACCAGCACAAUGCAUGGAAUUACCGGCACAAUGCAUGGAAUUAUUGGCAUAAUGCAUGGAAUUACCAGCACAAUGCAUGGAAUUACCAGCACAAAUGUCCACCGCUGGGGAGGUUUCCAGUGUUUCAUGGUGAAUGGGCAGAUUCUCAGGUUCAAGGGGAAGAAUAUCAGGGGUUAAAAAAACAUACAGGUUAA